CGGUGUGCGCUCGAAGGGAUCCGCGCCAUCCGAGUACAGCCUGUCAUCUGAAUAGCGCACACCUGAGCGUCUUAAACGGGAAACAUCUUUAAAUGAAUUUCACUGUAAUGUGUGCCUUCACGUAUUAUACCAGUCAAACAAUGGAAGCCCUUUGUAAACGUUUAAAGCUACUGCUUUUGACCGUCAUUGCAAGAGGUCUGCUGGGAGCAGCACAAAGUAUACCCAGCACUGGAGCAUUUGAUUCAAGGAUUAUUGGAGGCUAUGAGGUUAUCCCAAAUUCCAUCAAGUACCAGGCCUCAAUUCAGUUUCUUUCUUCUCACUACUGCGGGGGUACACUGGUCCAUCCACAGUGGGUCCUGUCUGCUGCCCACUGUAUGAGACCAGCUUUUCUGAUUAAGGUGAUUUUAGGAGAACAUUCCUUGAAACUGAAUGAGGGAUUUGAACAAGCAUUCAAUGUCACCAAAGUUAUAGUUCAUCCCUACUACAACCCUUCAACCUUCAACCAUGACAUCAUGCUGUUAAAACUUGACCGCCCAGUUCGAAUUAAUUCCUACGUGCAACCAGCAAGGCUGCCGGAUUACUAUAGCACUCCGUCCUUGGGCACAUCCUGUACAGUCAGCGGCUGGGGAGUCACACAAGUCUACAGCUACACUUUGUCCAAAGAACUUCGUGCUGUCCAGGUGCCAAUAAUAUCAUCGUCUGCCUGUAACAUUUAUUAUUCUGGAAGAAUCACAGAAAAUAUGAUUUGUGCUUCAACGAACACUGGUGGCAAAGACUCGUGCCAGGGUGACUCUGGAGGACCUCUGGUGUGUGGAGGAGCUCUUCAUGGCAUUGUUUCCUGGGGCAUCAGCUGUGCAAAUGCAAGAUACCCUGGAGUUUACACCAAGGUGUCUAAUUAUGUGUCAUGGAUCGAGCGCGGUACAUCUGAACAGUGACUCUCCUGUACAUAAAAAUACCACACUGCUAUACAAUAUUGUUAUUGAAUGAAUAAAGACAAAACAUUUCUCUUUUGAUAAUUUAGACCAUUAUACUCUUUGAAAUAAUUUGUUAGAAUGGCCCACAGUUUGAAAAUAUUACACAGUUGUAAUAUGUACAAUCAUCAUGCCAAAAAUGAAUGCAGAUAAUACUUG